UUACAGAUGUCGCCAAAAUCAAAACAAUGCCGAUAGACUUUCCAAACACAACAAAAACAUCCGGCACGACUAACCAAAAGGCCACCGAAAAGCAAACAGUACAAUUGUUAGAAUGUCCGAGCAGUCCCAACAGUCAUAUUCCAACGAAACCGCAACAGAAGUGAAGAAUGAAGCGCCGCAAGCGCAAACACCGAAUCAGGUGCAGCAGCAAGUGGCACAGGGCACACAAGUCACACCUGGAACUGCAACUGCAAACACCACACAAAAACCUGAAUCAGCUACAUACCAAUCAAACCUGCAGACAAUUAAACACAUGAAACAAACUGUGCUGGCAUUUCCAUACACCAAGAAGCUGCAGAAACUCUCAAUUUAUUCCAAGUGCCAGACUGAGCAGUGCCCAUGUAUAGGCUGGAAGAGAACAGAUCCAACUAAUGUGAACCCACAGUUCACUGAUCCAUGCAAAUGUGAACACUCAAUGGACAUGCAUGUGCAACAUUUGCGAAGUAAGAGUGAGCAGGAUUUAAAUCGAUUGUUGAGGAUGAUUGUCGAUGUGGAGAAUUUGCAUACUGCUAUGAAUCAGGAGGCUUCACCUGACACAUCAAGAGUUUAUAGUUAUUUAAUUAAGUUGUUGAGAAAAUGUAUCUUAACAUUAGGCACACCUGUGAUAGAAGGACCAUUGGGGCUGCCGCCGUUUGAGAAGCCUUCCAUACACAAGGCAGUCACAAAUCUGGUGAUGUUCAAAUUUGCGCACUUGACGCAGCAGGAGUGGAACACGAUGCACGAGUUGGCGAAAAUAUUCCUGCACUUUAUGAACACUUGGGACCUGCCUUCAACUAGCAAACAGAAGAAUUUUAGUAGUCAGGAAGAGGAUCAAGUUUAUAAAAUUAAUUAUACUAGAUGGUUUGUGUUUUGCCAUGUGCCCGCCUUUUGUGAUACGCUGCGUCAUUAUGACACAACCAUGGUUUUCGGCAAGACACUGCUACGCGCCGUGUUCAAAUACGUGCAGAAACAAAUUAUGGAUCAGUUCCAUCAGGAGCGCGAUCGUAUGCCAGCCGAGCGAAGACAAAUGAUUCUCAUGCACUUUCCAAUGUUUCUCAGUACAUUAGAACAAGAAGUUUAUGCGGAAUCAUCUCCAGUUUGGGAUCCGGAAUUUAAAGCGCCGCCAUCAAUUCAUCUGCAAGCGAUGAUAGAAAAUAAUAAACUGAGAAAAUCUGCGGCUGCAGCAAAACGUGCAUCAGAAAUGGAGAGUCGCAAUGAAAGUACAUCGAAUAAUGUGCACGCCACAGGUUCACCAUCGCGAGAAAAACGACGAAAAGCCGUCGAAGAAGACGAUGACAUUCCAUCGGAGACUUUAGCUGAAGUUAUUCAGAAUAUUACUGAUCCAAAACUAAUGACAGGACCUGAUAUAUUUGCUGAAGAUAUUCCACCACGAGAUGAAAUCGUAAAAAGACAGGAAAAACUCAAAAUCAUUGAGGUGCACAUUGUUGGCAACAGUCUCACUGAACCAGUCUCUAAACAAACGAUGCUCUGGUUGAUUGGUCUUCAGAAUGUCAUCUCACAACAGCUGCCUUUUAUGCCCAAAGAAUACAUAACACAGUUUAUCUUCGACCCGAAACAUCGCACUCUCGCGUUGAUCAAAGAUAAACAACCUAUCGGUGGUAUUACUUUUCGAAUGUUCCGCUCACAGGGCUUCACAGAGAUUGUUUUCUGCGCUGUGCUGGUUGAGCUGCAAGUUCAAGGUUAUGGUUCCCAUUUAAUGAAUCAUCUCAAAGAUUAUCAUAUACGAAACAAUAUCUAUCAUUUCCUCACGUACGCUGAUAAAUUCGCGCUUGGUUACUUCGAGAAGCAGGGAUUUUCGAAGGAUAUCAAGUUGCCUAAGUGGAUGUACCAGGGUUACAUUAAACUAUACGAAGGCGCAACUCUCAUGCAUUGUGAGCUCAAUCCGAAGAUUAUCUACACGCAAACAGCGGCAGUUGUGCGUAAACAAAAGAAUAUAAUCAAACAACUCAUACAUCAGAAACAGUGUAUGAUUUCGAAGGUAUACCCGGGUUUGACAUUUUUCAAAGAUGGCGUCGGUAGUAUUCCGAUUGGGUCUAUUCCUGGCAUAGAGGAAACAGGCUGGAGGCCAUCUAUUCGACCAACUAGAGGUGGAGGAGGAGGCGGAGCUGACGGCGGUGAGAAAGAAAUGCAUGACAUUGAAACACUUUCUGGAAUGUUGAAAACCGUGCUGAAUGCGGUGAAAAAUAAUCAUUAUGCGUGGCCGUUUAAACUUCCGGUUAAUAAAGUCACUGUGCCGGAUUAUUAUGACUUGAUUAAGUAUCCUAUGGAUUUAAAGACGAUGUCCGAACGACUGAAAGCCCGUUAUUACGUAUCUCGACGAUUGUUUAUCGCUGACAUGAUGCGAAUUUUCACCAACUGCACUACGUACAACUUACCCGAAACGGAGUACUACCAAUGCGCUGUUAAACUACAGCAGUACUUCCAGACAAAAAUGAAGGAGAUUUGCUUAUGGGACAGGUAAUCGCCACGCGAGCGUAGGUAACAAUUUUAAUCAAACUGCAGACAAACAAAUGAAUAUUUCUUUGUUAUUUGCUUGUAUAGCUCUUUUGGUAACAAAAUGAAUUACUAAGGGAGGUGAUGAUUGCGCAUGGAAGGACGGAAGGUUAUGAUCUAUACAUAUUUUAGUACAACUUAAUUUUUAUUGUAAAGUAAGCGACGUUUCUAGGUGUUUGGUCAGGGAAUGUUGAGCGUUGACACUGGAUAUAAAACUUUAUAGCGUUGUUAUACACAUUAUGCAUAUAUUCAAAGAGUACAAGUUUUUUUUCGUCAAAGAUUGCAAAGCGGAAAGCAUUUUUGUUAGGUGUUUAAAUAUGUAUAUGUAUUUAUCUCGGAAUUCUAGCCGGCUUAGUUUCUUUCAUUGUUUAAGAUUUGCAAUGCGCUUGCAUUGACAACAAAAAAGAAAUUUAAGGGAAUUAAACAAGUAUUCUCAGUACCACAUCAUUUUUUCUCUUCAAUUCUUCAAGUGUUACCUGAUGUUAUUUCAUUUUACAAAAAUAUAUUUUGUAGAAUUGAGAAUUUUGUGGAGAAAACGUAGACUUCCUAUAAUUUAACGUUUUAUUUCUCAAUUUUCGUAAUUUGUUGUGUAAUAUUUAAUGAAGACCAAUUGCAAUCACCAACAAUUUGUUAUUUUUAUCUAAUUAGUUUCGUAGAUACGCGCAGAUAAUGUUCAAAUAUUAUUUAAUUAACUUUCUGUUCUUGUUUUCGGCUGCGCGGUAAUUGUUUUUAAUAAAUGCGCGUGCGUUUGAA